UGAAACGACUUUAUCAACAUCGAUUUCACCCACACAAAUGCAAACUCUACUUAAACUAUCAAAGCCCAAUCACAAUAUCACAUUGCAAAGAACUUUCCCAAGUCCAAUGGCUUCAGUUUUUCUCUCCUCCAUUCCUCUGCUCUUCCUGCUUUCAAUUCCCAUCAUAACUGCAGAUCCAGAUUCAUUGCAGGAUUUCUGUGUUGCAGACACAAAAUCCUCUGCAAUUUUCAUAAAUGGGUUUCCUUGUCUAAGCCCUAGUCAGACUUCUUCACAGCACUUCACCACGUCGGCUCUGAACACCCUGGCAAAUACAUCUGGCAACCCCUUUGGUGUGGGUGCGAUUGCUACAACUACAACCAUAUUGCCAGGCAUUAACACUCUGGGAAUACAAAUGGUUCGUGCCAACGUGGACGUGGGUGGACAGGUGCCACCUCAUACACACCCCAGAGCCACUGAAAUGGUUUACAUUUUGGAAGGAUAUAUACUUGCAGGAUUUGUGGAUAGUUCCAAUAAUCUUUUUUCUCAGAAAAUUAAGGCAGGAGAUGUUUUUGUUUUUCCCAAGGGGACGCUUCAUUUUCUUCAUAAUAUUGGGAAAACUCCUGCAAAUUGGAUUACUGCUUUUAAUAGUCAGAAUCCUGGGGUUGCUGUUACGCCCAUGGUCACAUUUGCUGCUAAUCCGCCCAUUCCCCCUAAAGUUCUAAGCAAGGCAUUUCAGGUUAGUUUUGAGGAGGUGGGGAAAAUAAGGAAGAGUCUAGGUGGAAGUUAGAAGAAUUGGAUGCGCCGUCUCAAAAAAAUCUUGCGUCUUUUAUAUGGGGACGUUUCUGAGACUUGGGGAUUUGGGAAACAUCGUUCUAUAGUACCACCACCUCUACGAUCUUGAUAAUAAUAAGUGAUAUUACUAUUGUUGUGAUUCCAUGUAGUUUGACAGUCUGUAAAUAUAUAUAUAUGAGUCUCUAUAUUGUUUCAA